UACAGUGCUGCCUUCAGGAAGUGGCUAGUCUUCAGAGUGGAUUUCGGUUUGUACUGUUUUUGUUCCUAAACAAAGUGCGAGUCAUUCCGCGGGGGCCGGUAAAGUAGGUUGACGCGAUUGAUAGAUUUGUUGUCAUAUACGUCACAUUUAUUUGCUUUAUAUAUCCGGUAUAUAUAAGAAAUGGGUCCUGGAUAACGCGAAUAUUCGAGAAACACCGGAGUACGGGGUUUCGAAUGCAAGCAGGGAUGAGCAGAGGCCCGCGGCUGUUUCAUUAAGCUUAGCGAGGACUGAAGAAGUAACGUUACGGACUCGCCGGCAUUGUGCCCAAAGACCCGGAGACCAUACUCCAAAUUAUACACGUUUUGCCCCUUGAUUCUGUUUUGGGAGAGUUCUAACUUGUUACAUCGCCAAGAUAGCUGGACCGGGCAGAAAGCGGCACACCUCAGAACCAGACCCCAGCAGCAGCGACACAGGCGACGGGCGUCCCGUGCGCGCUAAGUGCUUGAAGAUGGCCAGCAGCACUGAAUCAGGCCGGCGGAAUGGGGGUCAGCGCAGCACCGAUGCCAGCACCAGCAAGAAGAAGCAGAAGGACAGGGCCAACCAAGAGAGCAGGGAGGCAAAGCGAGCAGCAGCAGCAGCAGGGGACAAUGCAGAGCACAAGAAAGAUGUGUUUGUGGACUGGAAGCAGAAUGCGAAUGAGGUGACAGUGAGGCUGCGCUGUGGAGAGGGGGUUCAGAGUGUGGAGGACGUCACCACUACCUUCACUGACACAGACUGUCAGGCCUGCUUCCCAGAUGGGCGCCAGUGGGACUGUCACCUGUAUGAGGAGAUUGAGGGCUCCUGCAGCAAAGUGCAGUACAAAGAGAAGUGCGGCUUCCUGCUUUUGGUCAUGCACAAGAAGAUCCCCUUUCACUCCUGGCCCUCCCUUAAGCAAACUAAAAAGGAGAAGGAGCCUGUGAAUGUACAGGCCAAGAACGGCAAAGAGCAGAAACCGCCGCCUGUGGUAAAGCCUGAGAAAUCUGUCCCAGAGACGGCAGACAAGCCCAAACUGUCCACCCAGCCGCCUGCACAGAGUGAACAGAGACAUGGCAAAGUUGAGCGAGGUGUCAAACGCACCAUGAAGAACAAACCAGCAGCAGACAGACCAGAAUCUGGGGUGAAGGCUGCAGAAGAGGGGCAGACCAAACCUCUCAGUAAAGGGGACCUGCCUCAGGAGCCUAGUGCCAAGCGCACUGUCCGUCCCCCCAAGGCCUCCAAGGACCCUACUUCACAGACACCCAGGGAUACACACCCCAAGUCCACAGCCAAUGGGAAACCGCACACCCCUACUCCCACUGACCGGGACCCCCAGACGUAUACAGCUGGUGACAAUCGUGCUGAGAGGCUAGGCAACGGUCAUGAGUGUACAACACACGAGAUAGCCGUCAGCCACACAAAGCAGGAGAUGAAAGUUCAGCUGGAGAAGGCCCCAGAGUCUGAUUUCAAGGCUCGGGCAGGAGAGGAACGCACACCGUCAGCCACUGUGUCCAGUGCUGUGAGCAGCCACAAGGCUGAAAACUCCACAAACGGAACAGAGCGGCAAGGGGAGGCUGAGAGGACCGAGUCCUCUACGGUAUUGAGGAAGUCCAAGGAUGAGGCUGACCAGGCCACUCUAACACCAACCCAGCAGUCAGGAUCAGGGGAGCCUGUGACUGCAACACCAAGCAAGCAGGCUGAGUUCACCAGCAGUACAGAGGAGGAGAAGAAGGACCAGUCUAAAGAGGAACCUCUGGAGAUUAAGCAGCUGGAGGAAGCAGUUCCAGAGCCAAUGGUGAACCUCAAUUUUGUGAAGAACGACUCGUACGAGAAAGGCACAGACCUAAUGGUGGUCAACGUUUACAUGAAGAGCAUCUGCAGAGAGACGGCCAGGGUGAUCUUCAGGGAACAGGACUUCACCCUCCUCUUCCAGACCAGCGAUGCAAUUUUCUUGCGCCUUCAUGCGGACUGUGGAGUGAAUACAGUUUUUAAGUGGCAAGUCAAACUCAGGAACCUCAUCCAGCCUGAGCAGUCUACGUACUCCUUCACCCCGUCCCGUAUAGACAUCACUCUGAAGAAGAGACACAGCCAGCGCUGGGGGGGCCUAGAAGCCCCCGCUACACAAGGUGCAGUGGGGGGCGCCAAGGUUGCUGUGCCCUCCGGGCCGUCAUCUCAGACUAGUCAGCCGGGCAGCAGCCAGCACAGCCUCCCUGCCAAGGAGGAGCCACCCCGGGCAGAAGACGGAGGCCUGGACAAUGUGUCCGCCCGCACCGUCUCAGACCAUGCCCCUAUCAAACAGGAGCCUGCAGUCACGCCCAAGCCCACCUGUAUGGUCCAGCCCAUGACCCACGCGCCUCCUGCUGGCAGCGAGCGCAGUGUUGAGGAGGAGGAGGAGAAGGUGUGUGUGCCAGGCUUCACAGGCCUGGUCAACCUGGGCAACACAUGCUUCAUGAACAGCGUCAUCCAGUCUCUGUCCAACACCCGAGAACUCAGGGACUACUUUCAUGACCGGGCGUUUGAAACUGAGAUCAACUGUAAUAACCCAUUGGGGACGGGUGGUCGGCUGGCCAUCGGGUUCGCUGUGUUGCUGCGGGCUCUGUGGAAGGGUACCCACCAUGCUUUCCAGCCCUCCAAGUUAAAGGCGAUCGUGGCCAGUAAGGCCAGCCAGUUCACAGGCUAUGCCCAGCACGAUGCCCAAGAGUUCAUGGCCUUCCUCCUGGAUGGUCUCCAUGAGGACCUGAACCGCAUCCAGAACAAGCCCUACACAGAGACGGUGGACUCAGACGGACGGCUGGACGAGGUGGGUGAAAUAGAGGUGGUGGCGGAGGAGGCGUGGCAGAGGCACAAGAUGAGGAACGACUCGUUCAUCGUGGACCUCUUCCAGGGCCAGUACAAGUCCAAGCUUGUCUGCCCUAUGUGCUCCAAGGUUUCCAUAACCUUUGACCCCUUCCUCUACCUGCCCGUGCCCUUGCCCCAGAAGCAGAAGGUCCUCACCGUGUUCUACUUUGCUAAAGAGCCUCACAAGAAACCCAUCAAGUUUCUGGUGAGUGUGAGUAAAGAGAACUCGAGCACAGCCGAGGUCCUGGAGUCAAUCUCUCGGAGUGUGAGGAUCAAGGCAGAGAACCUGAGACUGGCAGAGGUGGUGAAGAGUCGCUUCCACAGGAUUUUCCUCCCCUCCCACUCCCUGGACACGGUCUCCUCCUCAGACAUGCUCUUCUGCUUCGAGGUGCUGUCUAAAGAGCUGGCCAAGGAGAGGGUGGUGGUGCUCAGAGUCCAGCAGAGGCCUCAGGUCCCCAGUAUCCCCAUCUCGAAGUGUGCUGCCUGCCUGAAGCCUCCCCUCUCAGAGGAGGAGAAGCUGAAGCGCUGCACCCGCUGCUACCGCGUGGGCUACUGCAAUCAGGCUUGCCAGAAAAAUCACUGGUCCAACCACAAGAGUCUGUGUCACCCCAACAUGGAGAACGUGGGGCUUCCUUUCCUGGUCAGCGUCCCUGAGUCCAGACUCACCUACGCUCGUCUGUCCCAGCUGCUGGAAGGAUACUCAAGGUAUUCAGUGAACGUGUUCCAGCCUCCCUUCCAGUCUGGCAGAACGUCCCCAGAGGGCACCCAGUGCCGAGCUGACCUCCCCCCUCCAGCAGAGACCCCUGAUGGUGUGAGGCCAGGGGAUGAGGCUAGGGGCGGUGGGGCGGGAGACUCUGAUCAGGAGAGCCCCUUUCUGGUCCCUGAGUCUCCAUUAGAAACAGCUCAGGCUUCAGCACACCCAGCCGGAGAUCCAGACGCCCUCUCCACCCGCACCACAGACUCUGGCUUCUCUGAGCCCUCCUCCUGCUCCCAGGACCCCCAGGGAGAGAAGGAGACCUCCUAUGAGAAGGCUGUCAGGCCAGAAGGUAAAGCUGCAGUGACAGGCUACCAGCAACCAUCAGAAUCUGCAUCCAGCCACGCUUCUCAGUUCUACAUCUCCAUCCUCGACUCCAACAGCAGGGAGCAGAAACUGGAGGAAAAGGAAGAGGCUGUUCUGGACCUCCCUGACGAAUCCACCCUGGCACUAGUGUGGAAGAACAACGAGCGUCUCAAGGAGUAUGUGCUGGUCCGGUCCAAGGAGCUGGACUUUAAGGAGGACCCUGGGUCGGUCAGUGAGACUGCCAGGGCUGGACACUUCACCCUGGAGCAGUGCCUUAACCUCUUCACUAGGCCUGAGGUGCUGGCACCAGAGGAGGCAUGGUACUGUCCAAAGUGCCAGCAGCACAGGGAAGCCUCCAAGCAGCUGCUGCUGUGGCGUCUGCCCAACGUCCUCAUCAUCCAGCUCAAGCGCUUCUCCUUCCGCAGCUUCAUUUGGAGGGACAAGAUCAACGACAUGGUCGAUUUCCCUGUCAGGAACCUGGACCUCAGUAAGUUCUGUAUUGGUCAGAAGGAUGACAUGCAGCAGCCGCCAAUCUAUGACCUCUAUGCUGUCAUUAAUCACUACGGAGGCAUGAUCGGAGGUCACUACACAGCCUACGCACGCCUGCCCAGUGCCCAGAACAGCCAGCGCAGUGAUGUUGGCUGGCGUCUGUUUGAUGACAGCACAGUGACAACAGUUGAGGAGAACCAGGUGGUGACACGCUACGCCUACGUGCUGUUCUACCGCCGCCGCAACUCCCCCGUGGAACGACCACCUCGCUUCCUAGGGCCCCUCGGGGUCGAGUCCCCCACCGCUGCAGGAGCCACCGCCAGCCAGGCCUCUCUAAUAUGGCAGGAACUGGAGGAGGAAGAGGAGGGUCUUGAAGAGGGCCCCCGGGGCCUGUUCCGCACCAGCCUGGGGAGAAGAGCAGCCAGGAGGAGGGAGGAGGGGGUGGAGGGGCAGGUGCGACGGCGACGCCAAAGGAUCUCAGAUUAUUCCGAUGACGACUGCGUGCGAUAUUUGGUCCUGGGCACCUUGGCUGCUCUGCUAGCGUUGUUCCUGGACCUGAUCUACCCCCUGCUCUACUGAGCCAACUGGGGCUAAGUGGCCAGUCUCACACCCCAUUACAUACACACCCCAAUACAGAUGCACAUGAAAGCUUAUACACUGAGAAAUUAAGUCAAAUUUAUUGCACUUUAAAUUAAAUGUCUAUGCCAUUAUUUAUAUAUUUUUUUAUUGUUUUGUAUUUGUAGAUGGCCUAUAAAUCAACAUUCUGCUGAACACAUUGAAAUUAAACAAAAGUAUACACAUGAUAUCCUUUAAUCAAUUCUAUGCAUCGUUAAAGAGAAACCGACUGAGCUGCUACUAGAAUUUGUUCUUAACUGACUUGCCUAGUUAAAUAAAGGUUAAUUUAAACAAAAUAGUUACUUUGCUCAGCAUGGCUUUGCCUGGUUGACUUUUUUUGUUGUGUCCAUAAUUUAGGCCCUUAUAAUCUACCCUAUAUUCUAGUUCAACAUACCAAAACAGGUCUCAACUGUACUCUCCCCUUUAUUUGUCUUCCUCCCAAGUCUCUCACCAUGUAGGUUUUUUUGUACUAAAAUAUGAAAUGCACAUUUAGAAAUGGAUAGGCCCAUCUUUUGCACAAGUAAUGUUGCUGAGAUGACUUGAAGUCUAUAGCGUUGUAGUCCUACUGUAAUAAUGGGUAGAACUGCUCACUCAGAUAUGUCAUCCUUAACACCACCCUGGUCAUUGUAUGUUGGCGAUAUCUGCUUGCUUGUACCUUCAUGACUUUGUACUGUAGCCUGAAGACAGUUAACAUUGUGUUUUUGCCUUCUCAAUGAAUAGUGUUAUAGACUCACUAAGCUAUUAAAUGCCUUCGCUUUUUCCUGUUUGUCACGUUGCUGAUUAUUUUAGAUUUUAUGUUGUUAACGGCUCUUAAUUCAGCAGGUUUAUUUAUUUCUGCCCAUUCAUUUGACUUAUCCCUGUCAUACUUGUAUUGGAACUGUUUUCUCUGUUUCAUGAAAGCUAUUUAAGCAAAAGUAACCUUUUUAAUGUACUGCUUUGCAUUACACUUUUGGUGAAGUAGCUAGCUAUGUCUGAGCUUUAUGACUGUUUGAGAAGCAGCCUCUAGUGCACUAAUGUACAGUUCCUAGCUUAGCAGGGAUUUAAAGACACUAGGAAAGAGAGACUGUAUGUCUCUCAAUAUAAGUUGCUACAACGUUUCAUGAUUAUCGGUGCUGCUGGUAUAUAGACUACGCCCUGUAACAGUGUUGUAGUGAUAUGUUCAAGUCUUAGGGAUUUCACAGUGCAUUCUGUCAUGUCUCUCCCUUGUAGGUGGGUUUUCAGAGCUGAGUCUAGUCACUAUAUCUGCUUUAAAUGCCCACUAUGUGUCCCCAGUAUGUGUAUUUCAUCUCAUUCUUAAAAUGCAUCAUACUGGCUGUAUUUUGAAAGAUGCAUCUUGAAAAUGUAAUCGCUGACAUGCAAAACAUUUUGGGAUUAUAUCAACAAUGGACUAAUGAAAUAUAUACCAAAAGAUAGAUUUUAGCCAGAUUUUUCCUUUUAAGAGUGCUCUGUUGUUGGAAUAGUUAUAUUAUUUAAAAAAGAAAUGCAUUUCCCAAGCAAUUUGUUCAGGUACUUCCAUCUCAAUGAUGCUCCAAUAAACAAGCACUUAAAUUGUCAA